CGCGAGCAGGAAUCCAGGUCCAUGAGCCCGACUCAUCUGCUGUUGCGCGACCAUGUUUGCUGUGAUCAGUUCCCCAGCGCCGAGGGCAUACGGCGCUAACCCAUUCGAAAUGUUCUCCCCGCCCAGGCGGUUUUUUAGCCUGUAAAACCUUUGCCCGCGACUUCUUCCGUCCGCCAACUUCCUCCCUCCUCCACCAUCCCAUCGCCAUCCGGAGCCUCGCUCCAUCACCCACCCCCAUCGACCCAGCUCUGAUCGGUCCAUCUCCCGACAAUGAAUUCCCGCGAGCACUCCGAUAUGCCUCCGGCCCCUUCCUAUCCGUCCCCCAACGCGGCGCAGAUCGGCCAGGGCGCCAUGCAGUACUACACCAACCGCCAACUGACGGCCGACGAACUCCUGUCCGCCGAGCUUUCGCGCGAAACCUCCGGCCCCGGUCUGGCCGAUGGAUCCAGCAAUGGAGUCCAUCACGGUCAGUCGAUGGUCCUGGGUGCGUCCAAUCCCGCUGGCGGCGAUAUGGGUCGCCCUUCGUCGCCCGACCAGCACCAACAACAACAUAUGCUUCAAUUCACUCCCAGUCAACAAGUGGGCGUCGAUCCGAAUCACGACUUGAGCUAUGGUGAUCAGAGUGCGAGAAGGAAAAGAUCGAAGAUUUCUCGCGCGUGCGAUGAGUGCCGGCGCAAGAAGGUCCGUUGCGAUGCAAGCUCCGAAACUGGUGUGGAAACAUGCUCGAACUGUCGACGUCUCGGGGUUGUCUGUCAAUUCAGUCGCGUUCCGAUGAAACGUGGCCCCAGCAAAGGUUACAUCAAGGAAUUGGCCGAACGAUUGCACACUCUCGAAAGUCAGAUGCAGCCCGCCAUGGUCCAUCCGGACAUGCCGUACCAGGGUAUGAACGAGGUGUCUUCCCCGAAGGGCUAUCAGGAAUUUUCGCCUCCAAUGGACAGCGGUGGAAUUGGUCGCAAAAGAACAUACUCGGUAUUCGAAGGACUUCCGAGUUCUUCCUUUACACAAGCGCCGUUCAACACUCGGUCGCAGAAUGCAUUCGAUGCAGGUGAAAGCGCAACGGAUCCGAUCAAUGCAUCGGUUGUCAGCGGCUCGGCACCGAAGCCUGGCAAUCUAUUCUGGUCGCCUGGCAAUGAGAACGAGCUACCCGCUGGCAUUGAAAUGACCGAUAUACCCAAACAAGCAAUGGAAGAGGACAUGACUCCUUUGGACUUGGACGAAGGCGCUAUCAACGCGUACUAUGCCAAAAUACACCCUGUCUUCCCCAUAUUGCCGCACUCGAAGGAACGCUUGCUCGAAAUCCUCCACCAAUGCAGUCGUGAAGUGCAAGAGAUUUUCAUUUACAGUCUUUAUACCGCUACACGCACAAAUUUCGAUCGAGUCUUCGGUACUUUCGAGAGAGUCACGUCUUUCGAUAAUGCGCAGGACCUCCUUCUAUACUACACUCGCCAGCCGGCUAUUGUCCGUCCGACCGGGAUCAACCUCAUCUGGCUCCAGACUAUGCUGCUCAUGAUACUCGACUCUGACUGGAGGGGCCCAGACAACUUUGUUCUGAAGGAUGGUGUACCGAAACAUUCCUUGAUCCAGUCCGCCAACAAACUCGCUUCGGACAUGGCAAAGGGCCUUGGCCAACUCAAGACCAAACGCUCUUCAGACCCCGACGUCGACUCCGAGGCAAACCUCGUCCGUCGCAACUGGGUCGCGCUGGGUAUACUUUCUCGCUGGUACGCGGUCAGUGUGGCCGACCAAAGCGCCCUGGGAACGUACGAGAUGGGCGGUCGGGAAGACGAACGGGUUGUUGGACGUGUUACCACUGGCAUUGGCUCUUAUUCAACGUUCCUUGUUGAGCUGGUUACCUUGGCUGCGCUGGACCACAACAUCUGCCAGACGAACACCGGCAUUGGUCGCAUGGUCGGUGCCAACUUGGCAUCAUCUCUUGAGCGUCUAUCAGAGAUUGAGGAUCUGCGCUCACUCAAUGAUGCCUCCGAUGAAUCAGAAUCUCAGACCUUUAUUGACAGUCUGCACAACCAGUUGUACUGGACCAUUCGGCUGUUGAUUAAGCGACACAUCUUCGUCUACAGUCCGUACGAGAUCAUCUACAGCGCCCAAGAGGUCAUCAACGAAUUGCACAAGGCCAGCACGCAAUCUCGCAUCACAACGCCCUUCGAUCUUCACAGCUUGGCUUUGGCCUCCAUGACCCUCCUGGAGUCUACGGUUCUUCCAGAGUACGCCAAUGACUGCUGGGAUUCGCUCCGAAAGGUCGAGGAAAUUCUUGACUAUCGCGAAAAACGAAGCACCGAAGCGGCUGAGUUUGGGGAUAUCUUCACGACUCCGGGCUGGGACGCCAAGAUCCGCAUCUUCCUCGAAUGGAGACGAACCAAGGCCCAAGAAAGCCAACUCCAGGACCCCAGCCUCAACAAGAGCGGCUCUGUCGGCCCUCCCGUCAUGGGUCCCAAUGAGCAGCGCUCUCUUCAACAUCUGGCUGAUCUCGCUGUUGGCGCUGAAGGCUCUGUGGCUGCCAACUCGGGCUCUCCGCCACCGCCUGCGCUGUCGACCGAAAACAACCUCAACGCUGCCACGUCGCCGAACUUGGGCCCUGUCUCGCAACCGGCGACUCGUGUGGUCGUUGAUUACACCCUCCUUACCAAGGAAGGUUAUCUCAAUGUAUUCUCCGGCCUUAUCUACCGUCGAUCUCGCUGAAUGUAUUUUCAGCCUCCGUUCUCAGCCUGUCCGAGGAGAAUUUGAUUAUCUUUAGCACUAUCCUUUUUGUAUUCUUGGCGCUCUCUUCCUCCGUCCCACUCUUGGACCCUUCUUGUUCUUUUAUUCAUUUCUUUGGGGCUGAAAUAAUUUGGACUUGGAAAAAUCAAAAAACAAAGCAGAGAAAUAUUAUCAACUUGUAAUGGGCUUUGUCUGAAUGGUGAUUGACUAGCGGGGUAUCUAUUAUCAUCUUCCUCUAUCCUAUUUGUACUUUAUCAAUUUGCUAGAAG